UAGAUUGAGUCUCUCAGACACCAUCACAUUCAUAUUCACAGAGAGAGAGAGAGAGAGAGAGAGAGAGAGAGAAUAAAGGGCAAGAAAAACAAAGGAACCAAAAAGAUACCAACAAAGCACAAAGGAAAGGGAAAGCUCAGUUGAAAACCAAUUCAAGGAUAAAAAGGGCCUUCUUCACUCAUCAAGGGCGUGGCAGAUUUAUUUUGGGGACACAGAAAGAGAAAGAGAGAAAGAGAGAAGCCUUUGCCUCUUUGUAUUGCUCUUUUGUUUUGCCACAACCAAAACCAUCUUUCAUAUAUCAAGCAAAGGUAAGGUUUCUGUUUUUGUCUUAUAUUCUUUUUUAAUACCCUUCAUUUUCCUUUGAUUCACUUCCUUCCACAUCCAAUAUCCUUUUCUCUUCAAAUUUCCUUUUCAUCUUCAUCAUCAUCAUCCAUAUGUAUGCGCUCAGAGCCUCAGAGCUAGACCAGUGAUCAUGAUGAUGAUCUUAUGAAGUAAGCAAGCCCUAGCUUGCUAGUUGAUUAGAUACACAAACAAACUGACAAAUUUGCAUCAAUAUAAAGAUGAUGUGUGGAAAGAAAGAAGAUCAAGGCGAGUGUUCACAGAGUCAUCAUCAUCAACAAGUCCAAAACUUUCAAGAGCAGUUGCUUCUCCAACAACAACAACAGAUGAUGCAACAACAACAACAAAACCACAACGAAUUGUACGGUCGGGGAUUGAUUUCCCCCCAUGAUCAAGCUCCACCUCCAAUCCUGCAGCCAUGGACCCUCCCUCCGAUCCACGCUUUCAACCCGGCCCACUUUCCUGUCCGAGGGGACAACAACAUCGACCCAUUUCUAGUCCCUCCUCCAGCUCCCUCAUCAUCCUAUGCCAGUUUCUUCAACAGAAGAGGAGCUCCAUCACUACAGUUCACGUACGACGGUUCAUCAUCCGAUCAUCACCACCUCAGAAUUUUAUCGGAGGCGCUAGGACCGAUGGUCCAGCCCGGUUCGGCUCCUUUCGGUCUUCAAGCCGAGCUGGGGAAGUUGACAGCCCAAGAAAUCAUGGAUGCCAAGGCACUCGCAGCUUCCAAAAGUCACAGCGAGGCCGAAAGAAGAAGAAGAGAGAGAAUAAAUAACCACCUUGCUAAGCUGCGCAGCCUAUUACCCAGCACCACGAAAACAGACAAAGCCUCAUUGCUAGCCGAAGUGAUACAACAUGUGAAGGAGCUGAAACGGCAGACGUCUGUAAUAGCAGAGACCAGUCCGGUGCCGACCGAAACAGACGAGCUGAUCGUGGACGACGCGUCGGACGAGGAGGGCAAGUUCGUAAUCAAAGCCUCGCUGUGUUGCGAGGACCGGUCGGAUCUGUUGCCUGAUCUCAUCAAGACACUCAAGGCAUUACGUUUGAGAACAUUGAAAGCUGAGAUCACAACGUUAGGUGGACGCGUGAAGAAUGUUUUAUUCAUCACCGGAGAAGAAGAUUCAAGUAGUAGCGAAGAGCAGCAGCAACAGCAGUACUGUAUAAGCUCGAUACAAGAAGCGCUCAAGGCUGUGAUGGAGAAGAGCGGCGGAGGAGACGACUCUAAUUCUUCAGGCAGUGUUAAACGGCAAAGGACUACUAAUAAUACCAACAUCAAUAUCCUCUAAUCAAUUUUCAUAAUUUUAUUUUUCUGGUGUGGCGUGUUUUGGUGUGAUGUAGCAAACAAAAAAAAAACAGUGGAGGAUCUUUUUCGUGGUGGGAGAGAAACCUUGUAGAAAAUCCAAACAUAGAAAAUGGUGGUGUUGAGUGCGCUUUGAUCCGGUUUGAACUCAAAGUUGCAGACUUUGUUUCUAUAUAUUCUAAGUGAGCAAAUGUUGAAAUGUACUACGUAGCAGUGUGGUGUUUUUGUUGUUUCUGUUGUAAUCUUCAUUUUCACUGAACUGGUUCAGAGUUCAGAGUAGUU